UACCCCUGGCACCGCCCGGCCGUGGAGGGGAGACUGCGCCUUACCCCCGGGCAGCCUCCAGCCCUGAGGCUCCCUGGAGGAAGCCUGAGUUCGGCCCGGGAAGAAAGGGCUCCGAGCACGUGUCGGGAGUCGGGGUCCCAGAAAGGAAGUCUCGGGACAGAUGGGCACCGGGCGAUUUUGAUUAUGUUGUAUGUGUGCCAGCAGUGAGGCUUUGGCUCGCCUUUUUCUCUAAGGGGCUGGCGCGCUACCACUGGGGCUGCACCCCCACUUCCGGCCUUUUGCCGACGGCUAAUAGGAGGCUAGAGCCUCUGGGACUUUUCUUCCCGGGCCGGCUUCGAAUCCCGACGAGGGUAGCUAGGCGUGAGCCACCGGCGCCCAGCUGAAUGGGAGUGUUUUGGAGUACGUUGGCGGGCGCGGGGAGCGUUAACGCGCGCCUGCUGUGCGGGCCCCGGCGACCCAAAUAGCCCUUUGCGCCUGCCCGGAGGAAGCCGCGAUCUGCGGGCCAGGCGGGGGACCCUGAAGGUUCGAGCGGAGAGCUCACGCGCACAGCCUCCCCGGCUGCUCGGGAGGACGAGUCUAGGAGAGCCAUUUUGCGUAUCCGAGGAGCGAAGAACUCAGAUGGCUGCAUGGACAAAGCUCUCAAAGGCUUGUGUAUGUUUCAAUUUUCUGAACCUUGAAACUACGUUUACAAACUCUCCUAGUCUGUCCUGCUCUUCCAAAUGCAAGUGUCCUUGGAGGAUGUGGCUGUGAAUUUCACCCAGGAAGAGUGGGAAUGUUUGGAUACAGGUCAGAGGACCCUUUACGUGGAUGUUAUGACUGAAAUCUUGAAGAACCUGGAGUCUGUGGCUGUGAUUGCCGAGUUUGAGCAGGAGAGGCAGGUGAGAGAAGAUCUCUGUCUCCUAAACAACAUGAGUCUCCCUUCAGGAUUCAAGGAGGGACAGGAGAAAGAAGAGGAGGAGGAAGAGGAAGAAGAGGAAGAGGAAGAGGAGCAUCAAGAACCAGGUCAGGAUCUGAGCAAUGAGGGAACUAAUGAUAAGACAAUAUCCCUUGCUUCCAAGAAAGAAGGCCAUAUCCCAUUCUCUGCCCUAGAUCGGAUUAAAGAGAAGACCCGAGUGGGCAAAGCCUCCAGAGUUGGACCACCUUUUUUGUGUCACAGCUGUGGCAGCGGUUUCAGCAAGCGCUCCCAAUUCUAUAGCCAUCAGUGUAUUCACAGCCACAAGCGGGUUAACAGCUGUAACCAGUGUCGAAAGUUGUUGGGGAACCCCCAGGCCCUCAGCUACCAUAGACGCCUGCAUCAUGCAGACAGGCCCUUCAGUUGCUCUCUCUGUGACAAGACCUACCGUGAUGCUUCUGGUCUGAGCCGGCACCGCCGUGUUCAUAUGGGUUACCGGCCCCAUUCGUGUCCUGUGUGCGGGAAGCGCUUCCGAGACCGGUCAGAGGUCAAACGCCAUCAAAAGAUACAUCGAAACAAGGAGCCAGUGGCUGGAAACCAGAAGCCUGUUGUAAAGACUCCAGUUUCCACAGCUGGAUUCCAGGCGCCUACAGUUAGGAGCCGACGGCGCAUCCGGGGGCUUGUGGACGUGAACCAGACUCCUGUCACCAGAACCCGGGCAUCCAGUGGUAGAGCCGUCUGCCUAGCUAGCAGAUCCAACUCUCCUCCAGCGAAGCGCUCAGGAGGCAAGGUCUUCUCUUGCCCUCAUUGUCCCUUGACUUUUAACAUGGAAGCCGAUCUCUCCAACCAUCAGAAGGUCCACUUUCCAGAGCAGAAAACCUACUGCUGUCCUGUCUGUGACCUCUGCUUUGAGGUGAAGGAGGACCUUCUGGAUCACUGGAACAGUUCUAAACUCAAGGACCUAGAACCUAGGCCACAAAACCUGGGUAGCCCUCCAAAAUGCUGGGUGGUCCUGGGUUACUGGCUGGGCUUCCUUUCCAAUCCCCCAUGGUCAGGAAGGACUAAAAGCAAGCAGGGAAUGGAUCUUCUAGGAUCUAUGGCCCCAGAGGAGGGGAAGCCACGGAGAAAAAAAAAAGUGGAAAAAGGAAGGAAAGCAAAAGAUAAGUGAAGGUCUUGAUACAUAAAUAAAAGGCCAGCUGGGUGCAGGUGGCUCACACCUGUAACCCUAGCUACUCAGGAGGCUCAGAUCUGAGGAUCACGGUUCGA